UCUGAGGGACUACUGAUUAACUGAAAGCACUGUGUAAAUUACAGGCUAUCUGACACCCAUCUGCCACCGCUUUAACAGCCUCAUUAGACCUGGUAAAAUGAGUGAAGCUGUAAAAUUGCCUCCUUGAAAAUGUAAACACCAUUUUAACUUAAUAGGACAAUUAUUGCUUUAAGCAUUAAAAUAAAUAUUAGUUCGUAUAAAAUGUAAUAUUAUAUGCGAAAGGGCAAAUGAAUGUUUACUUCUUACUAGGUUUUUUUUUUUUUAUCAUUUCAAAUAGUUUUUCACAUUUCAUUUUUUAACCUGUCGCAUAAUAGUAUAGUGGUGGUGUUGUUUUUAGCUGGAUUUCAUUUCAGUUUCCUCGUGAGAAAACUGUAUGCUCUCUCUCUCUCUCUCUCUCUCUCUCUCACACACACACACACACACACACACACACACACACACACACACACACACUUCUGUAGUAUUUAUUACUGACUGAUAUCUUAUUUAACCCUGAAUGCCCAACGAAACUGUGUUAGUUAUUUAAAGGAAAUGCUUGAUUUGUCUACACUAGCCUAUAAUUUAGAAUAUUAGGGAUUUUGGGGGGGGUUUUUUGUUGUUGUUUUUUUUGUUUGUUUUUGUUUUUUUGAGAAUUCCAUUCAUAAGACAAAAAAAAACAUUUUAUAAUGUAGGCUGUAUAAUAUUGUCAGGAAUAAUGCAGCCUGUCUGUUUGUUUGUCUAGAUUAGUUUUAGCAUGGUAAAGGCAGAGUUGAAUUUAAAUCUAGCGCCAUCAGGCUCAAUGCUUAAAAGAGUUUUCGUUUUAAAUAGAUUGACACAUACUCACUAAUCAUAAAAAAAAAAUUAUUACUAGCCUAUGUAUUCUGAUAUAUAUUGUAAUAUAUUCUAUGUUAUAGAAUUGUAGAGGUUGUAUGUUAAAAUUAGAUUGUCAUUAAUAAUUAUUUGAUAUCACAAACGGUUGUGUGAUUUGCCUCUGACCUAUAAGCCAAUACACCGGUCAUGUCUUGCACGCGCUGAGAUUUUUUGACGUGUCAGACGCGCGAGUGAUGUCAGAGCAGAGGCGCGCGGGGAGCUGAGAUUCGCCCAACGCUUUCCAGCUGAGCGCGACGCCUCCUGAUAAAGAGCUGCAGUGAGGCGCGCGGAGAGUUUACUCACCCACAGCAGUGCAUCACAAAUUCAAGGGGGAAGAGAGAGCAGGUGUUUGGAUUGACAGAAACUAAAUCGAGCUGUUACCUGCACUUCUCAUUUGCUUUGAUUUUUUUCCUUCUGCCUCCGUAGUUGUGAGAGUGGCCAUCGUGCCCUGUUGAGCAAGGCCGGAUAGACAUUAUUUAGUGCCGCUGAUUGUGUGUGUGUGUGUGUGUGUGUGUGUGUGUGUGUGUGUGUGUGUGUGUGUGUGUGUGAUCACCGGAGUGGUUGUGCGCUCAGUGGGCCGCCGUGUUCGAUCAUGUCCUCACUUUCGACUCAGUGAGAGGAAUCAAACUCUAUCCGCAACAAGUCGCGCGAGUGAGCUGCUGAUCCAGACGAGGCGCUCGUGUCCCAGGGUGAUGAUGGAGAGCGCGCUGUACCCCCCGGCGGGGAUAUUCGGCACCCCUUCACCAUCCACGGCGGGUGGAAGUAUGGUCACCAGCGCUAAACCCCUGGCGUUCUCGAUCGAGCGGAUUAUGGCCAGGACGCCGGAACCCAAGUCGAUACUGUCUCUCCCGAACUCCGUGCAGUACAGUGCCGCGGGAAAGACCGACACACGGGCCUCACUCGCUGUGCCUCCAUCCCCGCUGCACUGCGUGCUGCCUCUCAUGCCGCUCGCCUACGAGCCCGCGCACAAACUUCACAGACUUGAGUCGAGCCACAGCGAGCCAGAGUUCCCCUACAGCGCAGGCGAGCUUCUGAGCGUCGGCACCAACGCCAAGGGCGAACACCGGGACGCAGCACCGGCGAUUGGACAGUACAAACUUUUCCGGCCACGGGUACUUUCGCACUCAUCCGUGCACACCGCCGCUGCCGCCGUGUGCUACGUGAACUGUGCGGAGAGCGCAUGCGCGCCUCCGCCCGCCGCCCUGCUCAACCUGCACCCGGUGGCCUCGUACCUGCUGAACACCCCGUUACACUCUCGCCACAAAAGCCUUCUGGUGGAAAAAAGCAGAGGCGCGCACGGCCUGGACUCUUACCCCGGAGCGCUGGCGCUGAAGGAGCUGUCCCACUCUCAGCUGCAGCACUACAUGAAGGAGAGCGCGCACAUCCUCUCCGAGAAACUGUUCAAGAGUUCCGCCAAGUUACACACCGGCUCUCCGCCAGCCAAAGCCAAAGUGUUCACUUGUGAAGUCUGCGGCAAGGUGUUCAACGCGCACUAUAACUUAACCCGCCACAUGCCCGUGCACACGGGAGCCAGACCGUUCGUGUGUAAAGUGUGCGGCAAAGGAUUUCGUCAAGCAAGCACACUCUGUCGCCACAAAAUUAUUCAUACUCAGGAAAAGCCGCAUAAAUGCCAUCAGUGUGGGAAAGCAUUUAACCGGAGCUCCACACUGAACACACACGCGCGCAUACACGCCGGAUACAAACCAUUUGUGUGUGAAUUCUGUGGAAAGGGUUUCCACCAAAAAGGCAAUUACAAAAAUCAUAAAUUAACGCACAGCGGCGAGAAACAGUUCAAGUGCAAUAUCUGCAACAAAGCCUUCCACCAGGUAUACAACCUGACUUUCCACAUGCACACGCAUAACGACAAGAAGCCCUUUACCUGCCCCACAUGCGGCAAAGGCUUCUGCAGGAACUUCGACCUGAAGAAGCACAUACGGAAACUACACGACGUUUCCCCGGAUCCGCACUCACCGGGAACACCUACAGAGCAGCGUGAGGCCCAGUGAACACUCCUCACACGCCGUGCUUUAUUAUAAACACUCAAACCAGCACAUUCCCAACAUAAAUAGUGUGUCAAAACAGACCAUACUGUUUAGUGCGACAGUGUGCGGGUUUGUGACUUUGCGGGUUUGAACGUUUUACUGCUCCUGCUGUUCUGACAGACUGGGCUCUUUAAACUGCACUCCUCUCCCGCAACCAAACGCUUCUGUGGUUUUUUUUUUUUUGUUUGUUUGUUUUUUUAAAUUCGUCAGUGAAAAUACAAUUAAAAUAUUCUUUUCACUCUCAGGGUAUGUACUGCGUGGUAUUGUUUAUUACAGACUUUUAUUGACUUCUUUAUUAUUUGCUUGGAAAUUCUUUUAACUUAAAGAGAGUGAGUUCUAAGGAUAAAUAGGCUAAUUUUCGUGAUGACGGUAUAUUUCUUCAUUGUGUACAAUGUUACAUAUUUAUAGUUUUGCUGUUCUUUAUCAGCCAUGCUGUUGCCGCUUAUUUUGGUUAAAUUGCUGUGAAUUAUGCAAGAGUUUGUUGUAUAUAAUUAUCACUGGCAUCAGAUUUCUCAUCAAAACAACAUAUAAAUGAGGGGGAAAUAAAAUUAUGAGGGGGAAUAAAAUAAAAAAAUACGUUUUAUGUCAUCGUUCUUAACUUAUUAUUAUUUCCAAAUACGUGUUAUGGUGUGCAAUUUGCCUUUUUUUCCCUCCGCAGUUUGUGUAGGAGUAAUGGGACUGUGCCUAAUGAGAAAAUUAACACUCAUUAGGAAAUAGUCAUGAACAUUGCGCUUAAGCUGGAGGAGGUGAGGCCAUGUCCUAGCGUUCCCACUAGGCCUCUAUAAAUUAACAUGUAUAUUAAUUAAUCUGUAAAUUUGGUAAUAUUUCACCAAAAAAAAAAAACGUCUAUGCAAAGGCAAAGUUGAUCAUAGAAAAUGCAAUGUUGUCUGAGGGAAUAAGCUUAAUAUUGUAUGGUGUUUCUCUAACUCAAUAUAAAUCUUUAAGUCUACUGACAGUAUCUUAUUUUAUUAUCAUCUUAUUAUCAUGGCUGUAAUGGGGGAAGUUUAGGACGAUUCUAAGGGCCCUGGUCAGACCUGGGGGCCCAGCAGGACCCCAUAAUUCCCUGUAUGAUUUUGGUAUUUAGUGGCCUGUUCGCAUAAUAAUCUAUUAAGAAGCACGAUAUAAUGAAUGCCCUCAGACUGUGCCAAGUGCAUAUGUGUGUGUCCCCUUAUGAUAUUUGCGGAUUAUUCAGAAACGCCACACUUCACAGUUGUGUGUCGUUACAUGCAUCAGGUAGAUGGUAAGAGAUGGCGCAGACAAAACCGGGAUACCAAAAGAGGAAAGAAAAACAUGAAAAAGAGG